AUGGAAGGGGCUCAAUCACCCUCACCUAUCUUUCACCAAGAAACCGAUUCUGGCAUUUCUUACAUCACGAAUCCAAUGGAUGAGCCGGAGCCGUCUUCUUUUAAUCUUCGUCUUAUCGAAGCAGUUCGUAACUCGAGAUGUUUAUACGAUGCGAAAGAUCGCCAAUAUCGAAGCGCGGAACAUAAGAUCAAAGUUUGGAAUCAUUUGGUGCAGAGAUUGAAUUUUGAUGGUGAUGCUCGAACACUGUACAAUCGAUGGAAACAACUUCGAGACAAAUAUGGAAAAGAAAAGAAAAAAAUGAAAUAUAGCAGUGAUCAGACUGGGUGGCAAUAUUUUAAACAUUUAACUUUCUUGGAUCCUCAUAUGAUUGAUCGACAGCAACAGCAGUUUGCACGUGCUAAAGAUGGCAAAACUCCGCAUAAUAUCGUAAUUACUGAUCCCAAUUUUUCGUCGAAUCUUAUUCAAGUGGUUCAGCAGCACCCAUGCCUGUAUGAUAUAAGGGACCCGAAAUACCGCCACUCAGAGUGCCGUAAUCAAGCUUGGGCGGAGAUCAUCAAACAUUUAAAUUUUCCAGGAGACAUCAACGCAAUUUAUAAGCAGUGGAAAAAGGUACGUGAUCGUUAUGUCAGAGAAAAGCGUAAGAUGAGAAUGUCCAAUGUAAGUGGUGAAACAGAUGAAUCACAGUGGGAUUUAUUCCCUCAGAUGAUGUGGAUAGAUCCCUUCCUUGAUGACAGAGCAACGACUUAUAGACACGUUAAACGAAAAAGGGAUAGUGAGGAACUUUCGGACGAUUGUUAUCUAGAUGAUAUGGUUAAUGACUCGCAUGAUCAUCAAGAUAGUCCACAACAUUCAAAUACACAGCUUCAUUCACCUUAUACCGCCAUGGUUAUACAAACGGAACCACAACAUCACAUUAAAACUCUAUCACAUCCUCAUCAAGGGCAUGUACAAACCGCCGAUUUGAUUCAACACGAUUUGAGUGUAACCGAUGGAGAUAGAGCUUUUGCAAUAAGUGUGUGCUCAGAUAUGCGUGCCCUUCCGGAACCUGCACGUGCUAUUGCCAAAGCUCAAAUACAGAACUGGCUUGAUAACUCACGAAUUAUUCCUCAAACUCCCAUUCAGUUUGAAGUUAAGUGA